AUUUUUGAUAAGCCCUCGUUUUGAAUUUUGGUUCCAUUUUGACCUAUUCGUUCGCGAUAAUGUCGGUAUCGUUGGAUUCCUUGAUUUUCUACAAUAGUCUUAUUUAGCGUUGGAGGGAAGAUUUGAAUCGAUUCUCUCUCUAUUCGAAGCUUUUCGAUUCGGCAUUUACAUGGGUGAAGCUGGAAGGAAACGUGGUCGUGCCAAAGGAUCGAGGAAAAGAAAGAGAGAUGGUGAUUGGAUAAGCGAUUUGCCAGAAUCGUUGCUAUGUAAGGUACUUUUGAAUCUCCCCACUAAGGAUGUGGUUAGGACUAGUGUUUUAUCUAAGAGAUGGAAAAAUCUCUGGAAAUGUGUUCCUGGAUUGGACUUGAGUGGUGAGGAUAUCAAAAUGUACUACAUCUACGUGAGAUUUGUCGAUAGAUUUCUGAAGUUUAAUAGGAAGUAUCACAUAGAAAGUUUUAAGUUAAGCUACCCUGGUGAUGGGAAUUGUGAGCCUGAAAUUGAUCUGAUGAAGCGGUGGAUCACCACAGUCAUUCAGCUGAAAGUUAAAAAUCUCGAGUUUUUUGACUAUUCAUGGGCGAAUGGUACGUUUAAUAUACCUCCAAGCAUCUACACUAGUAAUAGCUUGGUAUACUUAAAGCUAAGUACGGUAACCAUGUCUACUGUCAAGUCUGUUUCUUUACCUUCUCUCAGAGUUCUCAAGCUAAGUGCAGUUAAGUUCGCCGACCAUUUGGAUUUAGAGACACUGAUCUCAGGCUGCACUGCUCUUGAAACCUUAGUUAUAAGUUACUUUGAUCGCGUUGAAGUCUUACGAGUGUGUUCUCAAUCUCUACUGAGCUUCACUCAUGUUGCGCACAAGCGUUACUUUACUCAUGUUGGGCACAAGCGUUUGGCUGAAGAAGAUCUAUCAAUUGUAAUUGAUGCUCCCAGGCUUGAGUAUCUGAAGCUCAGUGAUCAUCAGACUGCAAGUUUCAUAAUAAAAAAUUCUGGUUCUCUUGUUGCGGUGGAUAUUAAUAUUGUGUUUAACUUGUCAUUCGGUUUAGAUCCAAGAGACCUACCAAAGAGAAGUAUGAUUCAUAAUUUUCUCGUUGGGAUCUCUUGCGUCAAAAAUAUGACCAUCUCUUCCAUUACUCUCAAGGUCAUCUAUGAUUACUUAAGAUGUGAACCACUACCCUUAUUCCGUAACCUAUCUUUCUUGCGUGUUAAGUUCUACAACUACAGCUUGAAAAUGCUGCCAACCUUUCUUGAGAGCUGCCCAAAUCUAAAAUCCCUUGUCUUGGGAUCUACUAAAAAACAGAAUAUGAAAGAAAUUAGUAUGUUUUCUGGACCUCAAGGUUUCUUACCAUCUCUCGAGUAUGUUGAGAUAAAGGUGCCACUGAAAGGGGUUGUGGUGGAGAUCAUGAAACUAGUGGGCUACUUUCUUGAGAAAUCAACAAUCCUUAAGAAACUAACCCUAUGCUUGGAUGAUUCCAGAAAGACAGGAGAACCUUUCAUUCGCAAGGAACUCCUUACCAUUCCAAGAAUUUCUACCUCAUGCGAAGUUUUGGUUCUCUGAUCCUUAUAGUCGUUGAUGCCCAUGAACACACAAGUUUGAUUUUUUGAUAAGUUUAUUUAUUUGAACUCGAUGCUUCUUCUUUCUUUAUCGUUUUCAUGAUUAUCGUAGCUUUAUUAAUUGUUUGAUAAGUUUAUUAAUGUGAACACACGAUUCUCUUAGGUGGUACUAUGCCAAAAAUAAAUGUUAUUGGUUUCCUUCUC